UUUCACAAAAUAAGGCAAAUGAGCUGGAAUAACCAAUCUUUGUGUGCGUCUGGUAACUCCCUGCAACACUCAUCCUUCGGGGGCAAUUAUAUGUCGUCUUUUGAUCAAGUGGGGGCCGGCGCUUCUGUUGAUACAGAAAAUUUGUCUUUGGAUCAUCAGACCCAAGUCACUGGACGUGAACUUCAGGAACUUUUGAGUGUUUCUCAUCAGAGCAUUGAUGAAGCACAGGAGCGAAAGCAGGCCUUGAAUAACCAUCGGUUGAAACCUGCCCUGUACAGCGUCUUCUGCGAAAUAAAAGAAAAAACAGCUUUGAGCUUGCGGAGCACAGCAGCAGCAAACACAGAGGACGAAUUAAACGCACCAGACCCACAACUCCUACGACUCGACAAGAUGCUGAUUGCUGAGGGUGUUACGGGCACAACCGAUGUCAACGACUUUGAUGGAGUCAGUGGUGGAAUGGCCGGUGAUUGCAAUCAAAUUGAACACGCAGAUUAUCGGGCCAAGCUCACCCAAAUUCGUCAACUUUAUCAUACAGAAUUAGAGAAGUACAAAAAUGCAUGCGAUGAGUUCACUGGUCACGUGGUCAACCUCCUUCGAGAACAGAGUCGAAGUCGUCCGAUUAGUCCAGCAGAAAUCGAUCUCAUGGUUAACAUCAUCCGCCGGAAGUUCCGCGCAAUUGAGACCCAGUUGAAGCAAAGCAUCUGCGAAGCUGUUAUGAUCCUCCGAUCGCGGUUCCUCGAUGCCAGACGCAAACGUCGGAAUUUCAGCAAGGAAGCUACUGAGGUUCUUAACGAGUAUUUCUACUCCCACUUGGCAAACCCUUACCCUUCUGAGGAGGCCAAGGAAGAACUUGCUAAAAAGUGUGGCAUAACCGUUUCUCAGGUCUCUAAUUGGUUUGGCAACAAGAGGAUCCGUUACAAGAAGAACAUUGUGAAGGCGAAGGAAGAGGCCAAUAUGCAUGCGGCGCUGACGGCGGCGGCUGCUGUGUCUGCGGGGGCUGGGGGCCUGCCACCGCAUCCGCACGGUAUGCCUGAUGAUCACAUGAAUGCCAGCUACCCGCCAGGUAUGUACGACUACGACGACCAGGGCAUGGCGAGUGCUCAAAUGCAGGGCCAAUCAGAACACCGCGACGGGGGCUGGAUGAGUGACGAACCGGACCGCAAGCGUAGCAAAAUGUGA